CUACGCCCUUGAACCCGAAACGAUCGAAAGGAUUCCAUCCAAGUCCUCUGUGUCGAUUGCCAGAAAAAGGAGUCCUGUGUUCAAUAAAACCUGCACAAAAGAAAUUGUGUCAUCAUCUUCAAAAUUGGUUCACACCGAAGGUUGACACUUAUACCAAUAAAAAACAGCAACUCUUAACCCUCGUCUAUCAUUAAUCCAUGGCUCCAAGCAAGUUCAGAAAAGCCAUUGGGGCAGUAAAGGACCAGACCAGCAUAGGCCUAGCCAAAGUCGGCAGCAGCGCCUCCCUCUCCGACCUAGACGUGGCCAUUGUGAAGGCGACGAGGCACGAAGAAAUGCCAGCCGAGGAGAGGCACAUCCGGGAAAUCAUGAGCCUAACAAGUUACUCGAGGGCCCAUGUCGGUGCGUGCGUGGCUGCCAUCUCCAAGCGCCUCAGCAAGACAGAGAAUUGGGUAGUGGCGCUAAAGGCGCUCAUGCUAAUCCAACGUCUGCUCGCGGACGGCGAACCGUCCUACGAGCAGGAGAUCUUCUUCACAACGAGGCGCGGGACCCGGCUCCUCAACAUGACAGACUUCCGAGACACCUCCCGUUCUGACUCUUGGGACUACUCGGCAUUUGUGCGGACGUACGCGUUGUACCUUGACGAGCAGCUCGAGUUCAGAAUGCAAGGGAGGAGGGGGAAGCGGGGCGUGCUUGAGUAUGAUGAAGACGAAGAGGAGGCGGGGCCCCCCAUGAGAACCACGCCGGUGAGGGAUAUGAGGAACGACCGUGUGUUUUCAAGAAUUCAACAUUUAAUGCAAAUCCUGGAGCGGUUUUUAGCAUGCCAUCCCAGAGGUUCAGCACAAAAUAACAGGGUUGUGCUCAUGGCCCUCUACCCAGUGGUGAAAGAAAGUUUCCAGAUCUACUAUGACAUAGCAGAAAUACUAAACACUUUCAUUGAUCGGUUCACGGCCUUAGAAGUCGUUGAUUCUGUGAAAGUUCACGAGAUCUUCUGUCGUGUUUCUAAGCAGAUUGAUGAGCUCCUCGACUUCUACGGCUGGUGCAAGCAUGUUGGAAUUGCACGAUCUUCAGAAUACCCAAGCGUAGAGAGAAUUACACAGAAGAAAUUGGAUGUGAUGGACGAAUAUAUAAAAGAGAAGUCUGUGUCACAGCGCAACAGGAAGGUUCUGGAAGAAAAGAACGAAAAUGAGGAAAAAGAGAAGACGGAAAUUGUAGAAGAGGACAUGAAUGAAAUCAAGGCUUUACCACCGCUCGAAGGAUUUCCCAUGGAGCCAGAGAGAGAAGUUAAGGAGGAAGAGGUGAAGAAGGAAGAGAAGAAAGAGAACGGGAAAGACGGCCCCCCAAAAGAAGCAAAUUUGUUGGAUUUUGGAGAAGAUGCGGGGACAAGCGAAGAGUAUGGAGAUAAAUUGGCUUUAGCCUUGUUUGAUGGUGGUCCACCAGCAACCAGCAGUGGUGGUACGACAAAUCAAGCAUGGGAAGCCUUCAAAGAUGUAGAAAGUUGGGAAACAACACUCGUUCAAUCCGCAAGCCAUUUAUCAAACCAGAAGGCAUCGCUUCCGGGUGGGUUCGAUAUGAUGUUGCUAGAUGGCAUGUAUCAACAAGGAGCAACAACACAAGCAAUAGCUUCCUCGGGCUACGCAACCUCUGGAAGUGCAAGCAGCAUGGCAUUUGGAUCAGCCGGAAGACCAGCGAUGCUGGCCUUGCCUGCACCUCCGAUGGCCAAUGGAAGUGCCACCGCUUCGACUAGCGCUGACCCAUUUGCUGCCUCGCUCCCAGUGCCACCACCAUCUUACGUUCAGAUGGCGGAGAUGGAGAAGAAGCAGCGGUUGGUGGUGGAGGAGCAGCUAAUGUGGCAGCAAUAUGCAAGGGAUGGGAUGCAAGGGCAGCUUGGAUUAACAAAGAUGCAACCAAACCCGUAUCCCUAUAGCACGGGAGGUUUUACACGCACCUAUUGAGGCUUCGCUAAAGAGGUACCAUUCAACGAUACUCUUUUUUGAUGAAAUCGAGGCCAGGUGUCUUAGUCGAUUUGAAGACAGGGAUGAGACGGUUAAAACCAAAAAGACAUGUAUAAACAGUAAUAUAUAUCGAAAAGUCUAAAAGGGUUUGUCUCUUUCCUUCGAGUGUCUUGAUUGUGCAGUACAGCAGAUCAACAGUACUCACAUAUUAACCCCUCCUCCGGUUUUGGUAAUGGAAUUGUACAAG